UAUGAAUCUUAUGAAUAUAUUCAAAAUUUGAGCUACGGCUUUUGUACUACUCGCUUCAAUAACGGUGACAUGACUUAAUUUUGAUCUAGACGUUCUGUUCCAGACGCAUGGUUUGACUUGCCUGAACCAAUGCUGCGGUAGAUGGACAUAUUGGUCUACACUUCAUCAUUGAGCAGGAGGAUUAUUUAUAGCAUGAUACUUUAUUUUAUGUGAGAAAGAAAGCGACAAGUUACUUUCAACUGAGCAUGUGAUUGUAGUCAAACAAAAACUAAGCAUAUGAUUUCAUGCUAGCAAUAAAAUAAAAUAAUAAGAGAUACUUUGUGUUAGAAAUAAGCAUCAGCCUAACUCAUCCUCACACUUGCUUAUAAACACUUGUCAAGGUCAUUUCAUUUUCGAUGUGUCACUUUUUAACACAUCCCUUUGCGUCCAGGACUGAACAAGCUGAAACGUGGAUUCAACAAUAACGGGUAGUCCAAUGAAUCUCAGAGAGGAGAGGUACUGAUACCAUGUUAGAAAUGGGUAUUGGGUCUAGUUCAUCCAUACAAAACCGAUUUGUAAGAAUGGCUGAGCAAAUUCCAUAUGGUGUUGCGACUACCCUCAUUAACAGGUUGGGAUCUGCUGCCUUACGCGAAUAUGGACGGAUUAAUGGUGUUAUGGAUGAGUUGGAAAGGCUUAAAAACACAGUUGAAUCUAUUAGAGCUGUUUUACUUAAUGCUGACGACAAACAAGAUCAAAGUCAUGCCGUACAAAACUGGGUAAGAAGGCUCAAAGAUGUGCUUAUUCCUGCAGAUGACUUGCUAGAUGAAUUUUUUAUUCAAGAUAUGAUACACAAAAGGGAUGAACCUCAUCAAAACAAUGUCACAAAGGUACUUCAUUCCUUAUCUCCAAACAUAAUUGCUUUUCGCCAUAAAAUGGCUCAUGAGAUUGGAAAAAUUCAAAAAAAAUUUAAUGAUAUGGUGAGGGAUAUGUCUGGGUUGAAGUUAAACCCAAAUGUUGUGAUGGUUGGGGAAAAUAACAUUGAAUGGAGGGAAACUGGUUUCUAUUGUCUAGAAUCAGAUAUCAUUGGAAGAGAAGAUGAUAAAAGGAAAAUUAUAAGCUUGUUGCGACAACCACAUGAAAUUCAAAAUGUCUCUCUAGUUGCUAUUGUUGGGAUUGGCGGUUUGGGAAAGACAGCUCUUGCUCAAUUGAUAUACAAUGAUGGUGAAAUAAAAAAGUGUUUUGAAAAGAGUAUGUGGGUAUGUGUCUCUGAUAAUUUUGAUGUCAAAACUAUCGUGAAGAAUAUGUUGGAGUCACUAUCCAAGAACAAAAUUGGUGAUACAUUAAAAUUGGACACCUUGCAAAAUAUUCUUCGUCACACUUUAACUGGUAAGAGAUACUUGUUAGUCCUGGAUGACGUUUGGAACGAGAGUUUUGAAAAGUGGGAUAAAUUGAGGACUUACUUGAUGUGUGGUGCUCCAGGUAGUAAGGUUGUAGUGACAACUCGAAGUACAAUUGUAUCACAGACAAUGGGUGUAAGUAUCCCCUAUGUUUUGAGCAGUUUGACUCCAAAAGAAUCUUGGCAUUUGUUGAAGAACAUCAUUACAUAUGGGGAUGAGUCCAAAAGAGUGAACCAAACUAUUGAAUCAAUUGGAAAGAAGAUAGCAGAAAAAUGCAUUGGAGUUCCACUAGCAAUCAGAACGCUUGGAGGCAUAUUACAGGGUAAAAGUGAAGAAAGAGAAUGGAUUGAUGUUUUACAAGGUGACUUUUGGAAAUUAUGUGAAGAUGAAGAUAGCAUCAUGCCAGUGUUGAAACUGAGUUACCAAAACUUGUCGCCUCAAUUAAGACAAUGUUUUGCUUACUGCUCUUUAUAUCCUAAGGAUUGGGUGAUAAACAAGGAUGAUUUGAUUCAAAUGUGGAUAGCACAAAGUUAUCUCGAAUGUUCAACUGUCGGAAACCAAUUCGUGAAUAUUUUGUUUAUGAAGUCAUUUUUUCAAGAUGCUACAUAUGAUGAUAUAGAUGGUCGUAUACAUAGUUUCAAAAUGCAUGAUUUAAUACAUGAUAUCGCAAUGCAAGUAGCGAGAAAUGAUUGUUGUUACUUCGAUAGUGGGACAAAAAGACUUGUAGGAAGUCCCAUGCAUGUAAUGUUGGAAAGUGAUGCUAUUGGUUUCCUGGAGUCGGUGGAUGCAAGCAAGCUGCGAACUUUGAUUUUGUUGUCCAACAAUUCAGAGAGUAUGAAUGAGAAGGAAUUGUUUGUUAUUUUAAAAUUCAAACACUUACGUGUCUUGAAGCUUUCAAAUUGUUCUUUGAGCAAGUUGUGUAAUUCAUUUGUAAAAUUGAAGCAUUUAAGAUAUCUUAGCUUAUAUGAUUGUAUAGGAUUAGGCUCCAAAUCCAUAAGCAAUCUUGUUUGCUUACAAACACUAAUACUGGCUAGAAGACAUGAUCUUGAAAUUUCUACAAAACAUGUCUCAAUGUUGAUCAAUUUGAAGUAUUUUCAUAUUAGUAGAAAAGAUGUCUUUGAAGAGAAGAAGACAGCAUCUGGAUUUAGAAAACUAUGCAUGGGAGAUCCAUACAAGGGUGUAAGUUUUUCAAAUUGGUUUUCUCCCCUUACAAAUAUUGUUGAAAUCUAUAUCAUUCGUUGUUCAGGUGUGCGCUAUCUCCCACCAAUGGAACGUCUUCCAUUCCUCAACUCUAUCAGGAUGACUUACCUUGAUGAACUGGAGUACAUAUAUUAUGAAGAGCCUCUUUCGUCUGAAACAUUCUUCCCAGCAUUAGAAAUUCUCUUUUUUGGGAAAUGCGAGAAGUUGAGGGGAUGGUGGAGGAUCAAUGAUGCUGUCAAUGAUGAUGAUGAUAACUCUUCACAGUCACAUAAACUCUCCUUCCCUUCCUUUCCUCCACGUCUUUCUUUUUUAACAUUCAUUGAAUGUCCAAUGUUGACUCGCAUGCCUACUUUUCCAAAUAUUGGAAAUAGAUUGGAUUUCAAUGAUUCCAAUAUGGAGACAUUGGAAGGGACAUUAAACAUGAUAAGUUCAAAAUGUUCAAUUGAAUUCCCUCCUUUAUCCAAGCUAAAACAGUUGUUCCUUAAAAAUGUUGAUCUGAAUGUGAAAAAAUUCCCUGGAAAUUGGGUGCAAAAUUUAACUUCUCUGGAGCAUCUUUAUUUUGAGAAUUUUCCAAAUCAAACAUUUCAAGAAAUUGAAACUUGGUUUAAGGAAGACUUCAACUAUCUUCCUUCCCUCCAAAAAAUUGAAUUUUCAUUUUGUUCAGAUCUAAAGACAUUGCCAGGUUGGAUUUUGAACCUCUCCUCACUUCAGCAUAUUACCAUUGAGGACUGUAAAAAUAUAGCUUCCCUGCCCAAAGGAAUGUCUCGCCUUGCCAGAUUACAGAGCCUAGAAAUAGUUAAUUGUCCGCUCUUAAUGAAAGAAUGUGAGACACAAACAAGUGCAACAUGGCCCAAAAUUGCUCACAUCCCAAACAUAAUCUUAAAGAGAUCGUCUUAUUAA